AGACGAACACCUACCCUGUUAAGUCUACACGGAAAUAUUGCAGGUGAACGUAGAGUAUGACCUGCCAUGGCUGCGACUAAAAGCGAAACUUAUGAUGUGCCCUUAAGGAUUCGUGAACAAUAGAAGAUAGGUACAGCAAGUUAUAUAGGUGGUUGCCAAUUGUAAAAAACUUAGGUAGUGAAGCCAGUGUAAGAUGCCAAAGCGCACGACUCUUACUUUCACAAGCGAGGACGGACCCCGCGUUGACUCAACCAGGCUUUAUGUGUACCAUUGCAAGUAUUCAGGGCGUCAUGCUUUUACGAUAGAUGUGGACUUGAGGAAAAUGCCACGGCGCCGAACGGACGGCGCGUAUGUCGUCAACACGGACGAGCACACGGUGAAGCUCUACACCACCGACGGGGGUGUGAAAUUCAUCAAGCGUCAGAACGGCACCGUGGAAAAGCAGUACCGUCUGAACCUGGGCCAGCUGCCCAUCGCCUACAAGAGCGACCUCAACAGCAACCUACUAUACAUCAUGGACGGGGCAGUCACCACCUACAGCAACCAGAACGCACGCAGGGCGGGCCGGCUGCUCGUACCCCCUUGCAUCAGCCGCUCCGAGCGAAGUGGGCUAGUGGAGAUGAGGUUGGAGCUGGAGGACCGGUCACACCGCUGCACACUAUCUCGGGUCACCGCUGACGUGGUGCGGGUGCACGUAACGGGCCUUAUGGCCAACGAUGCGGUACACGAGGAACUGUUCGACCUAUUCGCCAAGGUUCUCAACGUACGGCUCUCUCAGCUUGAUAUUCGGAGGGCGAAGAGCAGCCGCAACCGCAUCAUGACCGUGGAGUCACUCACCCCGGAGCAGAUCUACGAGCGGUUACGUGAGGCGCUCAAGAAACAAGCCACGGAGCGGGCGGAGAAGCGGCAGCGGCGGCACAUGUAAUUUUGGCAGGGGUUAUGGCAGUAGUGACGCUUGUGGGUUGGAUUGGGAGCAAUAGAUGGCAGAUACAGAUACACACCUAAGAAGGGAUGUGAAGUAUGUGUACAUAAGGCAGUUCGUCAUGUUGUUUUGGUUGGUUUUCAUCGUUUACUUGUUUCAGGUGCUGAGGCUGAUGGUGCACGUUUUAACCAGUGACGUGUGUAAAUAUCCACAAUCUUU